CGCUUUGCUGACGUAAUCAUCGUGCGCCACCGAGACCACGUGGUGUCGGCAAAGUCAAGCGAGAUCACGGACUCGACAGCGAGCUCUCCUCGGACAGAACACGACAUUAAACCGCUAACCCGUGGUGUUUGGGGCGGCUGUGAAGAUGAACAGCGUCGGCGAGGGCUGCACGGAGCUCAAGCGCGAGUACGACCAGUGUUUUAACCGCUGGUUCGCCGAGAAAUUCCUGAAGGGAGACCGGAGCGCGGAUCCGUGCAGCGAGUUAUUCCACAAAUACCACACGUGUGUUCAGAAAGCCAUCAAGGAGAAGGACAUCCCUAUCGAAGGUGUGGAGUUCAUGGGCCCAAACAGAGAGAAAGCAGACAGCUGAUGGCCUGGUUGUGUUUAAUGUGGACUAGGAUGAUGUGUUGCCAUCUUCUGACACAUGGACUGCAGCACUGGACACUUGCUGUUGAGACUAAAACUGUGCAUCCAGUGCUCUGCCUGUUAAUUCAUCAUUAUUAGAGAGCGGUCAGAUUUCAUAACAUGCAGGAGAAUGCAUUGUGCAUGUGUGCAUUAAAAAGAGACUAGUUGGGUUGCCAGGUGCAGCGGGUUUCUGCAGUGAAAUAAAAAUU